CCAGAAAAAAAAUAGUUGUUUUUGGUAAAUAAUCAUUUAAGAUUGAUAUUUUGUUUUUGGCCGAUAUGCGCGAAGUCAUUAGGAUACGACGUUGAAAAUCGACAAAUAACGGUCAUUUAUAUUCGAAAAUACAUUUGUUGUUUCAAUAAUGUGUAGCUGUAUCUGGAAAGUAGAACGUGGAUUAUACGUCCCAGUAAAGGAUUAGAAAAAAAAGCAGCAAUAAUAAAGUGCAUAAUUUAACAUCGGUCAUCAGUCAAACAUCAUUGUUUGGCCUAAUUAUAAUGUGCAUAUAAUUGGAUAAACUUUACUUUUGUAAUUAUAGUGUAAAAAGGAAAGUAUUGUAAAGUAAAAGCAAUUAAAAAUGGUGCAGAAUCCUAGGUAUCUAAAGGUUAUUAUUAUUUGGAAUUGAAAGAACCAACCCCACAUUGGUGGUACAAGAAGACACAUCCCAGUUAAAUAUCAAUUAGUUCUUAAUAAACUAGCAAUUGUAUGUUUAACAAUUACUGUGUGUUAAAAAGAGAGAGUCAAUAUUAGUAUAUUUUACAAGUACCAGUACUCACUACCUCAGAUUUCGAUAUUUGCAGUUAAUGUGAUGAUGACCCACUUUUAGCUUUAAGGACCAGAUAAGGAAAUUGACCAGAAACAUGUUUCCUCUUCCAUUAAAGGUCAGAAGGUAUCAAGGACCUCACACAUCGUGUCUAAUGACGGCAAAUUCAUACAUUUUAGUUUCAUCCCACAAGGGAAGAACCCUAGAGGACAACCAUUAUCACAGGACAUUAGUGUAUAAUCAUGUGCGAUCUAUACUUAACUUCACAUCAGGAUUACUGUCCAUGAUGUUUUUUGCUAGUGUGGGAACAGCGUUUAUAAUUGGUUAUAUUUUAACAAAAAUCUUUCUUCGCUUCCAAUACAAACUGACAUUGUUUUUAAUAUUUUUGGACAGACAACCCUUUGAACUUAAACUUAUGAAUGACAUUUCUAUUUUUUGCUUACAUGUGAUGCUGAUACUUAUGGGUGGAUUUGGAUCAUUAGCUAUGUUUUUUGUGGAAGUGUGAUGAUGUGUAUGUAUUCAGUAUGUGUUUAUUAGUACAUGUAAUAUGAUUAUAUUGUCAAAAUUCAUUUAAAUUUUUGUCAGAUUCAUUUACUGUGUGCAAAUAAAUUGUUUUGGCAAAUAUUUGAUUAAUUCCGGUUCUAACAUUUGUACAAUCACCCUUCUAAACUUUUUGGACAAAUUCAGAAACUGUCCAAGUUUCCAGAGGACUAAAAAAAUCAACCGAUUACACUGUUAUGUGUAAUAGUAAUACAGAUAAUGGUGGAUUCAUCCUGAUGUCUGGAGUAUCAAGCAAUAUGAAAUAUUAAAACGCCAAAAUAUAAACUCUAAAAAAAUACCUCUGAUUUUAUGAAUAUUUUUAACUAAUUUGUACAUGUACAUGUAUUUUAUCAAAGAUCUCAGUAAUAAUAUAUAAUUAAGCUUUCAAAAUUUGUUAUUUCCAAUUUCUUUUUUGUAUGUACCAUGUAAAAUUAUUAUUAUAUUUCCUUACAUUAAUAAAAUUUGAAUA